AUAGAAGGAGGUGCUCUCUUGUCAGGAAUGGCUUUAGGAAAGUUGUGAGAACAGUUCUGCAGACUGGGAUGCGAGCCGGAGAAGAGCAGUGGAUUGUGGAGUCUUGAUGUUGAGGCGAAAGACAACUUCACAACCUGGCAACGCGUCAAAAUUCGGAUGAGAUGAAGAAGGUUUAGUUUAUGAUCUGUCAACGCACUGUUUUUUUGAAAUUUGGACCAUAAUUGAGAAUUUGACUUUUUUUUUUAGAGAAGUAGUUGGGAUAAGAUUGUUAUUUUUGUGGUCUCAACCUGGCAACCCACCAAAUUUCUGACUACAACUGAAUUUUGUGGAGAUUUUUGCUUAAAAUUAAAGGACAUUUGACAAGUAUUCUAGCAUGGAUCAACCGGCCAGUAGCUGCAUGCGGAGCGCCCACCCUGGUAGUGCUAUCUGGGGGUGCAUGCGUAACCCCCAUCACCCGGGCGGACAGGUCAACCUCCAGUCACCCUACCAACCUCAACCACCCUUCACCCUGCACCAGAAGCCCGAUUUCCUGGCCUACACCGCAGACUUCACCCCUAGCUCCUGCCUGGUACCGACCCCAUACCCACGGGACGACAGACUUUACCCCACCGACACCCAAGCGGGGUAUCAGAGGGUGGCGGAGUGGCAGUUCGGCUCCAGGGGUCCCGAGGCGUGCGCACCUGUCGCCCCCUCGGCAGGAGCGGUGGCAGGGGCCGGGGUGGGAGCGGUGGUGGGCACGGGGGGCAGCGGGGGGCCGGAGAUGGACAGUGUGGACAGGAUGCCGGGGUGCCUGGACGGGGAGUACUCGCCCCAGAGCGCAGCGUCCGGCGAUUCGGACAAGAAAAGCAGCAAUAAAAGAAAGAGAGAUGCUACAGACCUGCAGGAUUCCAGUUUCAAGGUGGACUCUAGCUGUAAGGCGAGGAAGGAGCGCACGGCCUUCACCAAAGAGCAGCUGCGGGAGCUGGAGGCGGAGUUUACGCACCACAACUACCUGACCAGACUGAGGCGCUAUGAGAUCGCCGUCAACCUGGACCUCACAGAGAGACAGGUGAAAGUAUGGUUCCAAAACAGGAGGAUGAAAUGGAAGAGGGUGAAAGGAGGACAGUCUGGAUCUCCAAACGAACUGGACAAUGACGACAUAGACUCUGCCGCAUCCCCCAGCUCGGAAUAACAACAUCCACGUCACAUUGCGGGACACACGGAGACACGUAUGCAACAAAACAUGGACGUUCCUCAGACUUUUUUACAUGAAAUCAAGGCCACUAUUUGUUGCUUUAAAGCUGCACUAUGUAACUUUCCUGGUGGAGCAUCUGCCACCUGCUUAUCUCAUAUUAUUGCUUUGCCUUAGACGUUUUUGUUGCUUGAAAACUAUGCAUUCUUACUGUGAGCGGGGUCGCCUCUGCACAGAUCUGACCUGUAACUUGACCUAGUGGUGUUAUUUUUCUUGUCUCCAUUGAGGUAGUUACGUUUAGCGCCAUACUUUGCAGGAUUCUGGGCAAAGCAUUAACAUCUCCAUGGAGACAGGAAGGUGGGCGAGCCUCCACACAAAAAGUUACAUAGUGUAUCUUUAAUCUGUUGUAAAUAUUUGACUGUUAUUUGUUUUACUGUUGACAUUUUUAUUAUUAUUGUGCCAGUUUUUUAAAAUGAUACCUCACCUGGUUAGGUCGUUGCUGCGCAGUGACAACUUUAAGACCGAUAUAACUUGUAUAAAACUUUCAUUAAUUUUCAUGUUUAAUCUUGUUGGAAUAAAAGGCAUUUAUACCAGCGACUGUGGGCCGUAGGCGGGGUACACCACUAGCCUUAACCACUACCAUAUUUUUGAAUCACAAAGUUGUCAAAGCCAAAAAGUAACCACAAACGUAACCCUGGUUCCGAGACGCACAUUUUGGUGGCAAAGUGUUAUGGCAUAUGAUAGAAGUGAACUAUUUUCCAGAUCAGGAUAAAAAUGAGGAACACAUUUCUACCACGUUUUUAUGUUGUAAAUAUUAUUAUCUUCUGGUUUCUGGACAUUUUAAACUGGAAUUAAACCAGACGUCUUUGAAUGCAUCUUUGUGACUACAGCCGGCUGCAUCUUGCACAAACUCUUGCCAAACUAAAGUGCCUUCAUUAUUCCAUUUUUAUGUUUCUUCCUUCGAUGUUUUUUAUACAUUUUGAAUAGUGAUCAAAUACAGAUGUCUGUUUCUGCAUA